AUGUCGUCCAAGAGCUCGAGAUCGUCAAAAUUGCCCACCAAAACGAGCAGUUCGUCUAGUUCGAGUCGAAAAGAGAGGGAGAAUGGAAAAAAGUGAGUGAAUUUGAAUUGAAUUUUGAUUAUUUUUCGAUUCUUAGAGAGAGUAAGAGCAAAUCAUCAUCUUCAUCGACUUCAAAAAGUCGAAGUUCAUCGAAAGAAAAGCGAGAAAAUGGUGAUAAAAAGGAAAAAUCGAGUUCAAAGUUGAGCAAUGGAACGGCAAAAGUUUCAAGUUCAAGUAAAACAACUAGCAGUAAGACGUCAAGUAGCAGUUCACCAAAGUCGACAAACAAACCGUUUGCUAAUGGCACUAGUGGCUCUAGUUCGAAGACUGAAAGGCCAGGGACAAAGUCAAGCUCAAGAGAAAGUAAUGGAACAAGGGAGAGGAGAAGCGCGGAAAGGAGUAACGCAAGGCCAGGUAGUGGUGUUGCAAAUGGAAAAAGCUCAAGUAUAAUGAAUAAUGGUGAGUUUUUGUCAGUCUGAAGGAAGUUAUAUGGUACAAGACGCUUAGGUUUUGAAGAAAUUCGACUUAAAUCGAGAUUUCGAUUGCUAUAGGUACACCAGAAACUGUAGCAAAUAAAUUGUGAAGGUUUUAGUAUGGACCGGAUCCAGUGGCAAAUAACGUACCAUUUUGGAUCCGGGAAGUAUCAAAAAUGCAACAAAAUACGUCUCUCUCCAAGUGAAAACACUCCGAUUUCAAAAGCGCACCCGAUCUUUUUUUGUGAGCGCGCAUUUCAAAACAGGGUUUUUUAUUAUCGUGUGAGGUAUUUUGCCACAUUUUUGACGCUUCCCUGUGCAAAACUAUACGUUUUUCGCCAAUGGAUCAGGUCUCUCACUGCAUUUUUACUGUAGAAGUGAAUUUUCACUGAAAACAAUUGAAUUUGCCGUCCAAAAUGUUUCUUCUUUAUUUGAUGACCUUUUGUUAUACAAAAGGUCAGUAGCUUUCCCUAUUUUUCAGGCUAUGCCAAGUCCUCACCUCAGCGAAAACCACCACCAAGUGACCUUAGCAGCCAGACCAUUCUCGAAGAAGAUGCUGAAGAAGAAACCCUGGACGACAUCUCGACUCAACGAACGAUAGAUCGAAUCGACGAAGCUGAGGACGAGUAUCCCGAUGACUUUGAGGAAUACGAAGACGAUUUUGAGGAAAUGUCCGACGAUGAUGAUGAUGACGGGAAAUUUGAAGAGGAGUCAGUUCGCGAUUCCCCAAGGGCAUCAACAUCAUCAAGUUUAGUUCCGGAGGUGAGCAAUGACGCUGGAAAUUCGUUGUUGCUGAAGAGGCUGGAAAAGCCAAGGACGGUGGAAAUCAAUGGGAAUGGCAAAGGAAGGCCCGUUACUUCGGUUGGACAGAGUGAGUUUUAUUUUAUUUAUUGUAUAACGCACUAUUUAACGAUAUGAAAUACUCGUUUUAGGCUCUUCAAUUGCUCGUCCAACAACGUCAGCAAGCAGAACUUUCCAAAUUGGAUCGAGUGGAACUAUCGACUCUGAGAGCCUCAUGAAGUCAGCUGAAGUGUAUAAAAAGCUCCGAUCAGAAGGAAAUUUGGGUUUGGAGAAAGUGAUUAGCGUCGAUUUUCCUCCAAAUCGAAGGUCUGAAUUGUACAAUAAAAUCGUUGAAGAUGGGGUUAAAGCUCAGGUAAGGUAUUUCUUUUAUGUCCCAAGGUCAAAUGUUGGAUGAGAAUUUUAUUGAAGACUUAUAUUACAUCUGUUUCAGAGGUACACUCAAACCGGCGAAGACAAUUUCGAAAAUGAAACGCAAACUGAUCACCCAGAAGUGGCUAACCAAGAGACACAACACCCAGAGACCUUUCAUCUACGAGUAGAACCGACACCGGCUUCUCAUAAUCCAACAAGAAAAACGUCAACGAUGAGCCGUCCCAAUCAGCUUGGGAAAUCGACCAGAAAAGCCGCCCCGAAUCUUUCACAAAUGAACAAGUUCUUGGAUAUCGCCGGAAGAGUAAGAGUACUUAUUGAAAAUGUAAGGUUAUUAAUUUAUAGACAAUGAUCUCUUUGCUGUCGCAAAAUCAAGCGUCUACAAGUGCCCUAUUUCAUAUGCCAAUGAAAUCAAGGUUUGAAUUCAGCACUGGAUUCAUGGAGUUCAUGUUGCCUUCGGUGGUGGCUAGCGGUGAGUUGAGGGGUCAGCGAGAACUUUGGCUUUUUGAUUGAGGCUUUCAGAACGGCUGUUUUCUUUUUUCUGUAAGACGCUGAAAAAAACAUUUCUCAAAAGUCCCUCGAGUCUACGAAUAGUAUAAUAACUAAAUAAUUUUACUGUCCCCAAAAAGGGCAAGUGUAUAUUUUUGUGAAGCUAUCAGUCUUGUUGGGAAAAUAAUGUGGAUCCGCCGCGGUUUGGAACCUCCCAUAAGGUUUUUUCGACGGUAGCUGGAGAUUUGAUAAACGCAAGGAGACGAGACAUUUUGCUGCGACAAAUCCACAUUAUUUUCCCGGCAGACUGAUACGGACGCGUCUUGCGAAUUCCUAGCCAAUCAAAACUCUAAUCGGUUGUUUUAUUUUGACGCGUGUAUUCAGAAUGUCACAACACAUGCAUUUGCGUCCAUCCCACAAACAAGAACCGUCUUGCAAUAGCAUUUUACAUCACUAAAUCGAGCGAAGCCCACCAAUUUCUUCAAGGCCAUAGCCUGAUCGCCGAGUACAAUAUGGACGAACAAGUCAGGCCAAAAUCGUAAGGCAUAUCUUUUGUUAAUUCAAAAAAAAUGCAUGGCGUAUUUUACACAUUUAAACCUUGUUUUAGAAUAUUUGCAACGCCAAACCAAGUGACUUCUCUUUGUUAUUCCUUUGAUGGUCGGACAGCUUUAUUCGCUGGAAUUGUUGACGGUAGUUGUGUUAUCUGGGAUCUAUCAGAGUCAGAAUCCACGUUUGAUCAGAAUGUUGCGUGGGCAGAGACAAAAGUUCCAUAUAUCGUCAGACUUCCUUCGUACGACACUUCGUUCAGUGUCUUGGAAGAGAAAAUGAAAAGAAAAUUCACCGACAAAUGUGAUUGCCCUAUCAUCAAGGUGGCUGCUGUUGAAAGCGAAGUGAAAUUGUAAGUCUUAUUAUGAAGAGUAGAGUCGAGUCUGUGUACGGAAAAUCAUAAGCAACCACAGAAUUACUUUAGGUUAUAUAUAUACGUAUAUAAUAUUUACUUAUGGUAUAUGGCUUUGUCUCAUUGUAAAAUUGAUUAAUUGGACCACUAUCAAUCUGUCGGGAAAACAGUGAGCACGAUCUCGCUACGCCGAUUGCGUCGCUGAAGCGAAAAGCAAUUUAAUUUUACUGCGACGCAAUUGAUUUUCCCGGCGGAGAAGCGACUUUCGAGCGGCAGGGUGCUCAUUAUUUUCCCGACAGACGGACAUGAAAAAUACUUCCUUAUAGACAGGUUUUAUGAAUAGUACGAGCGUUUGUUGUAGGGAGGUUCCACUGUAGAUACUGCUGAGGUCAUAAGGUAUUGACAUAUAUAGGUAAAAUACGUUGGUUUGAUCACCAUCUCAAAGAUGUAUAAAAAAGUUUCUUCUUUUUUCAGAGUCCAACAGCAAUUCGUAACCUUUGACUCACGCGGAGUUGUAACUAUUUAUGGCCUCUCAGCCGUUGCUCCGUCAUUAAAUUUCGAGACGGACCUAGGACUACGGGUUGGAGCUAGAUUGCGAUUAAUAAAAUUGUCUUCUGCAACAUGCUGUGGGCCGUCUGUUGACUGCUUGAGCGCCGAUGCCUCGUUCAAACAGGGGCACCAGUUCUUGAUUGGGACUUCAAAUGGAGCUGUAAGAAUUAGCCGAGGAAGCGAUAACAUAAUCGACAAUAACAAAGAAUCUUCUAUUAUUAGAAGUUAUGGAAGUGGAGGUGGGUUGAGAAAAAAUCAUCAAAAUUAUAUAAAUUUUUAGACGUGGGCAGCUCUGUGUCAGCGGUGGCGUUUUCACCGUUCAGCCCAAAGAUCUUUGCGGUAAGACAUGCAAGCUUCUCAAAAAAAAAUUUUUGAUGAUUUCAGAUUGCAACGGGGCUUAACGCGGUUGCUAUUUAUGAAGCAUCAAGCGUGGAACCGUUGAUUUUUCUUGCCUCUAACAAACUUACCAACGUUAACACUAUUAGGUGGUCCAAGACGUAGGUAUAUUUAUCUCAUUUACAAUACCAUGUAUACAUGGUCAUUUAAAAAAAAUUACAGACAAAGAAAAAAAACUUUUUUAGAAACCCCAUUCUUCUCCAUUCCCUCUACAACAACAACCAAAUGGCCCAGUGGAAGUUGGACAAGCCAAAUAACCCAGAGAGCAUCCACUCUUUGAAUUCGGAACAUAAUCAUAAGAUUAUCGACUUUGACACGUGGCUUGAUGACCGGGGAUUUUCUUUUAUGGUAAGCAAAACAUUUCAAGUCUUUACAGUUCCUGCAAGCCUAGUGUUAAAAAAGCUUUCAUUUGGGGCAAAAAAUUUUUUUGGUCAAGUCGGGUGUUGGUCCAAUAUUUGUAUUUAAUGUUGCAAAAGUGUUUGGCUAGCUAGGCAAAGCAUCAUAAUGGUUAUGAAGCCUUAAAAAUAUCUAGCCGAAAGGUUGAAAUGGCUGUCAAAGGGUAGGACUGACAGCCGAACUAUUAUUACAUAAAUUGCUUGCUAGAAACCUGGAUUAGCGAGCCAAAAAGUUCGAUUGGGUAGCCAACUUGUAAGAAUGCCUUUGUAAAUAAUAGUGGCGGUAGAAAAACACCUUUGACAGCCAUUCUAACAAUUUGGCUAACCAAACGAAGAAAAAAUUUUUCUCCCAUGCCAUCUCAUCGACUAUAUAGCUAGUCAAAAAAUUUUGAAAAAUUAGAUAUAAAUAUUAGCCUAAUCAUAGCCAAUUGAUGAAGUCUGCUCAAUGAAGGGUUCCCUCAUCUAUAUACGGCGUAUUUUAAAAUUGAAACCCUUUUUUUAGGCUCUAAUCACCGACUCCAAUCAAGUGAUUGUCCAUGGUUUGGAACGCUCACUAAAUACCCGGACCCAAAGUCUGGACGACCUCUUGGCCAAAUUGCAGUUUUAA